CGGCAGUCUUCAAUUGUAGUCUGAAUUUGUGCGGUCAAAAUCAUUCAGUAAUGGGGACGUCUGAGAGAACCAUGCUGCUGUGCUAAAUUCCGCGGUUUUUGAUUUACUGGAAAGAUGGAGGACGAUCUGGUGUCGGAGGAUGACAUUUUGCUGCGGUCAGAGAAGGAGUUCCACGAUGCGGCGAAGAGGAAUGACACGGAGAAAAUGCAGGAGCUGAUGAAAAGAGGAGUAGACAUCAAGGCCAAAAACAAAGUGGAUAGGAAAGCCCUCCACUGGGCGGCAGGAAUGGGGAAUGUGCAGGCCCUGCGUCUGCUCCUGGACCAUGACACCGAGGUGGACGCCACCGACAGCUUCGGUAUGAACGCUCUGCUGCUGGCCUCCUGGUUUGGUCAUCUCAAGGUUCUACAGAUCCUGGUGGCAUCUGGAGCAAAGCUAAACUGUGAAAACAAAAACGGGUUGAAUCUCCUGCACUGUGCCGCCCAGAGAGGUCACAUUAAAAUUAUUGAGUUCAUCAUGGAGGACCUGGAAGACAUACGGCUUGACCGGAGAGACAAGUCCGGCAGGACGGCUCUCCAUCUGGCUGCAGAGCACGGGCAGCUGGAAGUGGUUGAGUUCCUCAUUGGAUCGGGCUGUGCCCAUGGCCUCAAGGACAAGGAGCUAAACACAGCGUUGCAUCUAGCAGCCAAGCAUGGCCACGAUGAGGUCCUGCAGAAGAUUGUGGAGACUGGAGUGGACAUUGACCAGAAAAACACGGAUGGCCUGACUGCCCUGCACCUCUCUGCCGAUGGUGGCUACUACGACUGUGUGAAGCUGCUUGUGGAGUCCUGCUGUGAUGUCAAUGCUCUGACAAACAAGAAUAUGAAUGCCCUCCAUUACGCGGCCCAGCACGGCUAUGAGAAGGUGGCCAGGCUGCUGGUGGAAGCGGGCAUCAACACAGACGCCGUGGACAGCCAACACUCCACACCUCUUCACAUCGCUGUGUUCCACAACUAUGCAGAGAUAGUGCGGCUGUUAAUCGAUGCCGAGUGCGACCUGGACAUCCCGGACAACAGGCAACAGACAGCGCUGCACAUCGCAGCAGAGCAUGGGCGCCAGGACAUUGCAGAAAUGAUUCUCAUUGCGGGGGUCAACCUCAAACUGCUGGACAAGCAAGGGAAGAUGUCCCUGGACGUAGCAGCCAGAGGAAACCACAUCAACGUGGUGGACAUGAUCAUCAAAGCGGACAGGUUUUACAAGUGGGAAAAGGAUAACCUGAACAGCGAUUCAGACUCCUGGGUAGGCAGACACCUGACCUUCAAGCAGGACCACCGCCUGGAGACGCAGCACAUCCGCUCUGUCCUCUGGAGGCUGGCCACCAAAUACCUCAAGCCCGGAGAGUGGAAGAGGCUGGCCCAGUGCUGGAGGUUCACCGAGGCACACAUUCGGGCUAUCGAGCAGCAGUGGACAGGUUCAAAGAGCUACAAGGAGCAUGGGCACCGUAUGCUGCUGAUCUGGCUACAUGGUGUGAUCAUGGCUGGGGAGAAUCCAAUCAAGGGCUUGUAUGAGGGCCUGGUGGGGAUCUCUCGGAGAGACUUGGCAGAAAGCAUAAGGCAGAAGGCCAAUGCAGAUUCGAACUCUCCAAAGAAAUGCUCUGUCAUGUGAGCGAGCUCUUUCUUCAGACACAGAGAGCCGUUUCACGAGCUGGGCAAGUGCUGUCGGGUUACGUCACACAACCUUUUAAAGAGGCACAAACAAGAAAACAGUAGUUCAGAUAAAGCAGGGCUAAUAUCAGGAUGGAAACUGACUUUUACACUACAGACGUUUCAGAGGUUGUGUGAGGUUUCCGCAAAGACUGUCACCAUUUUACAGUAUGGCCACAAGUGAGAGAGAGAGAAACUGACAGAACAACAGUGCCAGUGAAGCGGAAUUUUCCAUUUGGUCCUCCAAAUCUGCAUCUGAAAGGGCUACUACUGUAUGUGCUAUUUCACGGGGCACUUUGUCCAUUCACUGUCAAGCUAAAAGCACAUUUUUUGUCAAGACACAAGGAAUGCAUCUGUCGCCGUAGCAAUUCAUUUUUUUCCUUACUCCUGGUGACAGGCUGCUCUUGGUCUUUGGCAGUAGGAUUCCCGCCAUUUUUAAAACCACCACUUCCAUCCAUCUGCCAAUGAAGAAUGUCAAGUGGAGGAGUCUUUUUUUUAAACUUUGAUUUGUUUUCACACAUUUUUAACUGACAAAAUAAACGGAUGCCAACACAUCCUCAAGCCUUGGUCUUCCCACUGUGUAUGUCUCGCAGUGGUCAUCGGCACUCAUCCUUAAUCUGCCACCACUGCAGCGCCAAUCACAAUUUCAUUUGAGUACCUGUCCAAAUCAAGGGAACAGUCUGUGCAGCACAAUCAUGUUGAAGACAGGACUCGUAUGCAAUGCUACAGACUGAUUUUUUUGCCAUUUGACAGGUUUAAAGUUUGCACAAUGUAAUAAAAUCCUUGUGAAAAGACUUGCAUUAUUAAAACACUACUGUUAACACUUCCCCCUUUUACUUAAGUA